AUGAAUGUCCAGUGGCUUGCCAUCUCACAAUCGUCCAAUUCCAAAACUCCGAGCACCGGCAACGCACACAGCCCGAUCGCGACCGGAGAGCCUAACGCUGGCACGCACGCUGCGCCUUUCUCACUCGGCAAGGCUUGUUCUGGGGACAUCUCCGUCCUGCCCCAACCACCGUCUCCUGUUUCCGAGUCAGAGAAACUUAGGCUCAUUAGCUUCUACUUGCGGGGAACAGGAACUUGGUGCGAGACCACCGACUCUGAUAGGCAUUUCACGGUGUUCAGUAUCCAUGAGAUGAUGAAGUCAUCGGCGUUCGUCGCAGCAGCAAUGUCUCUCGCCUCGCGGCACUUGGACCACCUUCAACGUAGACAUCGCUCCGUCACACUGGAGCUAUACCAGUACACCAGUCGCCUGCUGCUCCGGCAAGACCCCGCCCGUGCUGAUUCUUCUAUUCUGGCGACAUGCACGCUACUUUGUGUCUACGAGAUGAUGGCAUCAGGUGUCGAUGAGUGGCGACGCCAUCUGAAGGGGUGUGCCGGUCUGCUCCAGUUGAAGAAGACCCCUGCCAUCUGCCUUCUGUCACAGACGUCUGCGACCCUGAUCCCCGCCCACUUCUGGAUGAACGAUAUGUCCCUUGCGUCGCUGGCCGCCAAAGGCAAGGUGGAUGACUAUUGUAACAUGGCCAACCUGAUUUUGGCGAAGAUCGUCAACCUCCUGGCAAACUCUGCUGGCCAUAGCGAAAUUGACUUGGGUGAGUCGGUGGCGGCUCUGUGGAAUGAAAUGCAGCGCUGGUACCGGCUUCGGCCGCCGGAUGUCUACCCGUUGUUGCGACAGGAGCCUUGCCCUGGCACCGUUUCUCCUACGGUCCUACAUGCUCGGACAUCGGCCAUUUGUGGCAAUACGUAUUAUCAUGCGGGCUCGAUUCUGCUCCUGCAGACGGGUGCUGUGCCGGUUAUUCCUGAGACCCAAAGUGCUCAGGUCGAUGCCAUUUGGCAUGCACGUGAACUGAUGGGCAUCUCAACUUGUAAUUCCUCUCAUGCAAACUGGGUCAACCAUCUGCAACCCCUAUACAUCGCCGGGACUGUCUUCGCGGGGUAUUGCACGACCUCUCCACCCUCGAAGCACACCCAGUCGCACAAUGUGGCGAGCUAUCGGUCGGCAGCUCAGCAGCCAGUGAGUCCAGACCUUAUGAACCUUGCAGGAAGCGAAGUCCUUGCCGCUCAUGAAUCGACCAUGGUAGAGGAAUACGCCACCGAGAAGAUCUUGUUGCUGAAACAUCUCUCGCGGAUCGAUGCUGAAACCGGGUGGAAGACUUCCGAUCGUGCGGCUGAGCUGAGGGGACUCUGGGGUCUCAGGUAG